GGGCGUGAGCGAAGGAUUAUUGAGAGAUCGCGCUGCAUUGAACAGGACGCUGAUAUCUUUAUAUUAUAUUGUCCAGAAUAACGCAGUAGAGUCGCAAUGGUGUCGCACUCGCUGGCUUUGCCGAUGAUCUGUUUCACCACGCUGUGGGGUCUGGUCGGGGUUGUGGCCCCGUUUUUUGUACCGAAAGGACCAAACAGAGGUGUCAUCAUAACCAGUUUGGUGCUGACCGCCGUUUGCUGCUAUUUAUUCUGGUUAGUAGCAAUACUGGCCCAAGCAAAUCCUCUAUUUGGACCUCAGCUUAAAAACGAGACCAUUUGGUAUCUGCGCUACUUCUGGGAGUAGAUGGAGGUGUCAUUUGGAAGAUUCUGAAUCUCAUCAGGCUUUUUUCUUUUAAAUGUCAUUAUUACAAUCAGUAAAACCCACAAAAUAGUGAAGGAUCGACUCCAAGAGAACAACAUUUGUGUUAUGAAACAAGUUGCAACAUUACACAAUUUAUUUUUUUUCAAUUACAAAAAGAAUGAUUCAACUUUUGUUUAAACAUAAACAUGUUACUUAGCAUAAUGCAACAUAACAAUUAGAACCUUUGGAGAUAGUAUACAGAAUAGUAUUCUAAAAAUGUACAAAGAGAUGUUAUAGUGAUAUUAUUGUGCUCUUUAAAGAAUUAUAAGAACAUGAAUUUGUGUGCUUUGGAUGUCUGAGAGUUGAGUAUAUGAGUAAAUGUUUUUGUUUUGUUUUGCAUCAAGGCACAGGUUUGUCUGUUUUAGUCUAUUUAAUAUUAUGUUGUCCUCACUUGCAUGUGACACUGUAUCCAUGUUUACCUGAUGAAAUUAUUUUUAUAUUUAUUAUUGUUUUUAUUUGUAAAUGUGAUUGAUAUUCUGUUGAUGUUUUACGUCAUCGUGUGAAGAUUUUGAAGUUGUGUCGUACAAAAUAAAAUGAGUGAAUUUCUGUGAUGGGCUGACUUUAAAACCUGCUAUAUAACACAAUAUAGGAGUUAACGUGCAAAAUCUGUGAAUAUUUAAUUUAUGAAUUUGUGUCAGGAAC